UAAUCCAGACAAACAGUCAGGGGAGGCAAGUAACUUAAAAACCCCUGUUCAGAUGAUACAGCUUGUUUAGUUUUUCCAGUUUUCUCCCGGGGCCCUCACAGCAACACAAUCCGACAAGAUGAGACUUCUAGUCGUCUCUUUUCUCGUCGCCAUCUCCGCGGUGUUGGCUGGGAGCGUCGUCAUAAAGACCAUGGUGUUCCAGACUGAGAGCAGUAACAGUUUUGUUGAGAUGCUUCCUAUGAAGCCCCUGAACCUGAGAGCCUUCACUCUGUGCAUGCGUGUGGCCACGGAGCUGAAAGGUGAGCGAGAGGUCAUCCUGUUCGCGUACCGGACAAGAGACUACGAUGAGCUGAACGUGUGGCGUGAGCUGGACGGCAGGUACACUACUGUAAACACUAAUGCUAAUACUUACGAUACUGCAAACCUACACUUUCAGCCCAAGAUUUACAAGAAGGGUCACACCAUCCGCCCCGGGGGGAAGGUCAUCAUCGGACAAGAUCCGGACGCCUACAUGGGCAAUUAUGAUGCCAAACAGAGUUUCGUUGGGGAGAUCUCUGACGUUAAUUUGUGGGACACUGUCCUGCCAGCCAGCACAAUCCAAGACAUCUAUACAGGGAAGAGAGUGGCAAGAGGAAAUGUUUUCGACUGGGAAACCACAGAUCUAAAAAUCAACGGGGAGGUAGAUGUUGUAACUCGAGAGCUGUAGAUUUAAUGCUGGAAUUAUGCGGCCUCUUUACACCUGAAUGACCUUUGUGAAGAAGGUUUGUUGAUCAAAUGUACGUCUGUGCACCAAUGUCAGUGCCAUUGUUGUUCAGUCCAAUAAAAACACUUUGACAA